CAUUGAGGUGCUGCCAUCUUGAAAAUGGUGGUCUGCGUUACGUGAAGUGAUAUGUGCCUGCAAUAGUUUAACAAUAAUUUACCGAAAUGGCUGAUGUAAAAUCGUCCCACAGUGAGCCUGAAAUGAAAGGAUGGCUUUUCAAAUGGACCAACUAUUUAAAAGGAUACCAGCGAAGAUGGUUUGUGCUGUCUAAUGGACUUUUGUCGUAUUACAGGGCCGAAAAUUCGGGGGGGUCCAAACUGUCUAUCCGCCGCCGCCGGCGGGCUGCUCGGACGGAGAACCAAGCUGAAAUGUCCCAUACAUGUCGUGGCACAAUAAGUUUGCAUGGAGCAUUAAUACACACAGAAGAUUCAUGUACAUUUGUUAUAUCAAAUGGUGGCACUCAGACAUUUCACAUAAAGGCUGCCAAUGAAGUGGAACGUCAACGAUGGGUUACUGCCCUAGAACUGGCAAAAGCUAAGGCUAUCCGAGUGAUGGAGUCAGAGGAAGAAGAGGAAGUGUUUGAUGAGACAGGUCCAACAAGCCAGAAAAGUGACAUGGAAACUGUGAUAAAAACAUUAGCAGCUAAGUUGGAAGACUUACAGACAUGCAGCGAACUCAUCACUAAACAUGGAGGUGCCCUCCAGCGUUCCCUUUCUGAACUAGAGACACUAGAUUCAACUCAAGAUGUUUCAGCUAAACUAAAGUCUGUUAAUGAGAGGGCAACACUUUUCCGGAUAACAUCCAAUGCCAUGAUCAAUACAUGCAGUGAGUACCUGGAACUAGCGCAGUCACAGGGACGUAAAUGGCAACGCAUGCUGCAGCAUGAAAGGGAGCAGAGGCUCCGGCUGGAAGAAGUUGUAGAGCAGUUGGCACGACAGCACUCGCAUCUAGAGCAGGCGGCCAAAGAACAUCAAAUUCCCAAUCAAAAUAUGCCUAAUCCUACACAUUCAUCGCCAUCAGAUGAUGAUGAUGAGAAUGAGUUUUAUGAUGCCCAAGAAGAAAACCAUGCAGACGGUGAAUCUAAUUUCAUUCUUAAGAUUCCUCUUGGCCAUCGUAGAACGUCAUCAGGACUUAGUAUAGGAUCUCAGUUCUUCGAGACCUACCUACAACAGAUGGUUCAGAACCCCACUCAUGAUGGAAAUGCAUUAAAUCAAAUGGGCAUCAAUGGCAACAUCUUCAGGCUGUCGCAAUUGAAACUAUUAUCGGUUUCCGACACACGUCUGCCUCAUUCUGACGGUCAAGACGAAGCGUCUGGUUCUAGUAGUGAGGUGGACGACACUACUGAGACCAAGGUGCUGGUUAUCAGCACGGCCAACUCCACAGGCAAUGGCUGUGUGGAUCAAACCUCCACCACAACCACCACCAUUUGCAGUGGACAUGUGAGCAGUCACCAGAUUGGUCUUGGGACAUUACCCACCACAGGCAAGAGAAGACAGAGGAGGACACGUGUUCCAGAUAAACCUAAUUAUCCACUGAACUUGUGGAGUAUAAUGAAGAACUGUAUUGGCAAGGAGUUGACAAAGAUUCCCCUGCCGGUUAACUUCUCAGAGCCACUUUCAAUGCUGCAAAGGCUGACAGAAGAUUAUGAAUAUGCCGAGAUACUGGAUAAGGCCGCAGAGUGUGCAGAUGGUUGUGAGCAGCUGGCGUAUGUUGCAGCAUUUACAGUUUCCAGUUAUGCCACAACAAGUGUACGCACAGGAAAGCCAUUCAAUCCUCUUCUAGGAGAGACUUUUGAAUGUGAUCGAACAGAGGAUUUGGGAUGGCGUGCUGUAUCGGAGCAGGUUUCUCACCACCCACCGAUGGUUGCACAGUUUUGUGAAGGUCGCAAAUGGAGAUGCUGGCAGGAGUUCACAAUAGCUUCAAAAUUCCGAGGAAAAUAUCUGCAGAUCAUUCCUCUGGGAACUGCACACUUAGAGUUUGAGGGUUCAGGUAAUCAUUACACUUGGCGGAAGGUGACUACGACAGUUCACAAUAUAAUAGUUGGCAAGCUAUGGGUUGAUCAAAGUGGUGAUAUGGAUAUUAUCAACCAUAAGACUGGAGCAAAAUGUCAUUUGAAAUACAUCCCAUAUAGUUAUUUCACCAGGGAUGUUCAGAGAAAGGUAAAAGGCUGUGUCAUGGAUCAAGAUGGCAAUGUCAAAUGGAUUGUAUCAGGUACAUGGGACAAUAAGAUAGAAAUUGCACCAGUAACUGGUUCUCAAGGUAGCCUAGAGAAUCCAGUGUUCAAAACUGGUCCAUAUCAACUUGUCUGGAAGAGAAGGAUGCCUCCUCCAGAAUCGGAGCGUUACUACAACUUCACAGAAUUGGCAUGCCAACUAAAUGAACCUGAGGAAGGUGUGGCACCAACUGACUCGCGUUAUAGACCUGACCAACGGCUGAUGGAAGAAGGACGUUGGGAUGAGGCAAAUGCAGAAAAAUUAAGACUCGAGGAGAAGCAGAGGCAUGCUAUGCGGCAGCGAGAAUCAGCAGCUGAGAAAGCUGCUGCAGACGGUCGUCCGUACACUCCAUAUGAGCCUGUGUGGUUCAAGAAAGAGAAGGAGCCAUUCACUGGCAAUGUUUUCCAUAUGUAUCAAGGACAGUACUGGGCAUGCAAAGAUAAACAGGAUUGGGCUGUGUGCCCUGAUAUAUUCUAGCUGCCAUGGUGCUGGAUUAUUCUUACUUCCUCAGUCUUGCAACUGUUUUCUUCCUUUACUGUAGGGAAGAGCCCUACAUUGAAUAGCCAUCUCCUUGAUGGUAUAAUCGCCAUCCAAAUUUAUCAUGUAAAUAAAUUUGUAAUUUAAAGAAAAAAGUGUAUUUUAUUUCUCUGUAUUUUGUUCUGUCCAUUUUAAUUGAACCUCACUGUGUUACGUCAGAAGUAGAGCACUUUCCAGAAACAUUUUGUAAAGAGAGAGAGUGUGUGUGUGUGUGUGUGUGUGUGUGUGUGUGUGUGUGUGUGUGU